AUGGUCAAAGAAACGAAGACUCGCAAUACCAAGCGCGCACCUGACGUAGUUGCUCGCGACUACACUAUUAAUCUUCACAAGCGUCUUCAUGGAUGCGUGUUUAAGAAGAAAGCAGCUCGUGCCGUGCGUGCUAUCAGGAAAUUCGCCCAGGUCGCCAUGAAGACUCAGGACGUGCGCAUUGAUUCGAAGCUUAACAAGUUUAUCUGGUCCAAGGGUGUGCGUAACGUGCCUUUUCGCGUCCGUGUUCGUCUUUCACGUAAACGUAACGACGAUGAGGAUGCCAAGGAGAAGCUAUACACGCUUGUGCAGCAUGUACAGGUGCCUACAUUCAAAGGCCUUCAGAACGACACUGUUGAUGAGUAA